CAACAUAAAUUUCAAAUGAAAUAGACACACUGGUGAACAGAGAGAAGGGAGAAAUGAGUUUGGCUACGGCGUCGUAUGCAGCUCGUCGAGCAGUGCAGAAGGAGAGGGUUCGGAUUCUCUAUAGAAGAGCACUGAAGGAUACUCUUAAUUGGGCCGUUCAUCGCCACCUCUUCUACAACGAUGCUGAUGCUCUCAGAGAGAAGUUUGAGGCAAACAGACAAGUGGAGGAUAUUGAACUCAUUGAUAGAAUGAUAGCUGAUGGUGAAGCAAGCCACAACAAGUGGCGGCACCCCGAUCCCUACAUCGUUCCAUGGGCGCCCGGCGGCUCUAAGUUUUGCCGAAACCCAACACCACCUCCUGGGAUUGAGAUAAUACAUAACUAUGGUCGCGAAGAAAAUGAAUGAAGUACAAUUUAUCAACAUGGGAAUACCUAGAGAUUGCUAAUAUGGUACUGCAAUGCAGGGAGAUUGAUUUUGUUUAAGCUGGGUUGAUGUAUCGAGUGGCUGCUGACUGAUAAAGAUGAGUUAUUACAAUGAAACUCUUGAUGGAAAUAUUCAUAUUCUGUUAUCGUUUUUGCUUUCUGUAUCCAAUAAUGCAGCAGACUAUUGAAGAAACAUUUGUAUAAUAUUUUAUUCUACCUAUCUAAAUAAGACCAAAUUCUGUCUUAUUUAUCA